AUGCGUACCCGCUCGCAGCCGCUCUCGCCUGGUGGUCUCGUCGCUCUCGAAUCCGAACCUCGUCGGACGAGAUCUACUAGAACUGCAGCUCUCAGACAGGGUAGUGCCGAACCUGCAUCACAACCAACCACUCGAUCGACGAGAAGCGCGAACCUUAGACAGCCCAGUGCUGAACCUGCAUCACAACCUGCUACUAGAUCUACCAGGAGUGCGAGCAUUAGACAGUCCAGUGCUGAGCCUGCAACAGAGUCUAGUACUCGAUCCACCAGAAAGGCACGCACCAGACAGUCUAGCGCCGAACCUUCUACACAGACCACCUUCCACUCCCGUAGUCGACGUGCCGGCGAUGGCGUAAUAGCGUCUAUAGAGGAAGCUCCGACGACUCAGACUCGAACCCGGAAGACCUCGACUCGUCGAUCGACGCGACAGUCUACUCGGAAAACGUCUGAUGACGAAACAGAACCGACCGAUGCCGAACAAGCGUCCCAGCCUGGAUCCAUCGUCGAUGAAACGAGCGCCGCACAGGAACCCCAGGACUCCGAGCCCAUCCCUUCGAUUGGUGACCAUGCUUUGUCUGAGCCUAAAGCAUCGGACAGUGAGUUGUCCUUCAUUCCUUUCCCCGAAGCAGUUGUUCCUGAGCCUUACCCUGAGCCUUGGCCCUCCUCACCAUCUCUCUCCCCCUCACCCCUCUCCCACAAGAGCCGAGCUGCGGUACCCUCUCCCGAGGUCCCAUCUCCACAGGGAGCGGAAUCAUCGAAGACUUUCGUCGAAGAUGCUUCCGGUGCUCCUGCAGAUACCUGGUAUCUGGAUCCGCUCGAGGACAUAAGCGACAUCGGGUCGCCCCUUUCGGAACGGUCCGUGCUCAAAGAGUCUCUUCUGGCAGACAUUGAUGCCUGCCUCGCCCGCCACAAGCAAGUGGAGUUGGCUGCAGCGCAUAAUGCUGCCAGAGAUGACUCGGACAGCAUCAUGGCCGACGAAUGUGGAUCCGAUGCAAAUGUCGUCUUGUUGUCCUCUGAGGAGUACAACACCCAGCCACCUGCCGUGACGGACGCCUCAACUGGGUCAAUGAUCGCUGCGCGGUUGUUCCUCGCGGCCAUGGAAGGGAUAGAGUUCGAGGAGGAGCGAUACUGCCGUUCGCCGAUGUCGGUCUGCGGUCAGUGCUCUUCGGAACUCGAUGACUCCCCCAUGGUCGUUGAGGAACACACCACCCCAAUCGACGUGUCGUGGAUCUCCUCAGGUGAAUCUUCUCGCGAAGGUUCCCUGUCUCCUCUGUCUCCUGUCGAUCGCGACGAGGAGGUCCCGAUUCCGUCGAUUGUUGCGGCUGUGUCGUCGUCAAUUGACAACGAGGUUGCUGCUCUGAUCCAGAGUUUCUCUGGAUUGUGCUUGGCGGAUACAGCCUACGGCGGCACGCCGGCAGCAUCCGCGACUCCGUUGCUGAGCUAUAUGCCGGCAUCAACAGGUCAAGUCCAGCAGGACGCGACCUUCGAUGUCCCGACUGAUUCGGGUACGACGUCCACCUUUAAUGAUGGGCGGUUGGUGUCGGCGAAGGUGUCCGAAUUGAUCCCGGGCCCUUCGCAAUCCCGUCCGGCGGCCGCGGAAGUUGACAAGUCACGUCAAGUUAGCCGUUCCGCGAGGAAGAAUUCCGCGCGAUGGGCGCAUGUGGCUCUCUCUCCGAUUCCAGAGGAGUCGGAGGUGAUGAGCCCCCGCUCAGGCUUGGGUGUUGGUGCCACCAAAGAGAGCGUCGACCCAUCAUGGUCGUCUCUCUCGGCUACUCCUUACCUGUUGGAGUUGUUAGGUUGUCGGAGGGCUAACCCUCAAAAAGUGAACAGAAAACGCCCGCGUGACGACGGCGUUGAAACCCCGUCGUCCAACAAGCGGCGGAACGUAGGACCCCCCGGAAGCACCCCCUUUGCGCGCCGCAUGACUCCGCUGUCCCGGCGGAUCACAUACAACGCCGCCCCCUACUCCGAGCGGCUUCGGCGGCGGACGAUCGAGAACCAAGGCCGGAUUCACAAGACGGUCUUCCGCCUCCCCCAGUUGCUCGCUCAGAACGAAGCCGACCGCCGGGCAGCGGAGUCAAGCCCCGUCAAGCCGUGUACGGAGCCUCUCCAGAUGAACACCGAAUCUACCGAGAAACAGAGCAAGCCAAACGAUCAGGAUCCAUCAGAUGUCUCUGCCACGGCCGAGCCUCCUUCUACCCCUCAGGCAAGAGGUUGGAACAUUCGCGGACUGAUCAACUCUGUGCCUCGUUCCUUCUCCCGUUUGCUUCCAAGAUUUGGUCGGUCUCAGACGUCUGAAGCUGCAGACGCAGCACCAUCGCCAACCCCACAAUUGCCUUCAGAGCCGUCUUUGCAGUCAUUGUCGCAAGAGCCUCCAGUGUCAUCCUCCCAGCCGUUGUCAGAGCGUCCUUCUCACACCGAGAUUGUCGAUUCGAAUCAGAAUGCUACCCAGAGUGAUAAACGCUCUCGCCGUCGCUUGAGUGACCAGCCGCCCAGCAAACGCCAGCGCACCUUGUCCUACUCCCUCUUCCCGGCUCCGAUUGACCGUGCUCGCUUCCUUGGAGAUCUGACUACUACUCCUAAGAAAACCUCCCAGGCCGUUCAGCCAGAAUCACGUCCAGAUGAAACAGAGAAGCCAUCUGCGGCACAGGACCAACCUCCAUCGACUUCUCAGGUGACAGAUGUCAGUGAACAGCGGGCCUUGCCUCAGACGGCUGAGGAUGCGACUCAAAAGAAGCGCAAGCGGUCCCCGUCGCCUGAUGUCAUCCCCAAUCCGGCCGGAUGCAGCUAUGGAUUGGAUCUGGAUUAUUUCUGCUAUAGCUCUGACAGCGAAGAGGAAGCCGAUGUGCAACCCCAGGAGGCUGUACCUCCUACAAAACCUGAUGCUCUAGUCAAAUCUGCCGUUCGCAGUGCUAUGCGGUCGGAACAAGCGCCAUCGAAGAGGGUGCGUUUCGAUGCCAGUCCCGAGGAUACUCCUUCUAAACUUCGCACGCGUCCUCGUGCCACGGACCCCUAUACCGGAAGACACUUUAUGGGCAUGGGCGAUGCCGCUCAAGUGACGGCGCCUGGUUCCCCUGCCGCUACGCCCGCAACACCAACUCCCGCUCCUCGCGUCGAUUUGUCUACUCCUCAGCGGUCUUCGGGUUUCAUUCCCAACAAACAAGGCACGUUCCAGCUGGAUUACGAUGCUUUCUCCGAUGAUUCAGAGUCGAGCGGCGCGCCUUCUCCAAAAUCCCCCGUGGCCAAGUCUGUCUCUGAGACUCAAACCACCACUACCAGUACAGAAGUACAAGCAAGUGCGCAAUCGCCUGCUCCACGUCCCACUCCACGCCAAGCAUUGCCUCCGUCUACCCCAGCCAGAGUUGAUCAGGAAGCUCUCGCCAGAGUCCGUUCUCAGGCCGAAAAGUACAAACCCAAAACACCCAGUGGGCUCCGCACUGCUAGUCGUUACUCAAGUCCUCUGACCGCUUCGCCUGCUGUCAAUCAACAACCACCUGUGGAGACUUUUGGCGACGAUGAUCAAUUCGCUCGUGAUGCUCAGUGGCUCUAUGAGCAAUGCUCAACUGGAGAUCUCCAGCAGCUUAAAUGGCCGGAACCCAAUACUCUCCAGGAGAGCUUGGGGGUUGAUGAUGAGAUCGUUCAGAUCGUCGCCAGCGUGUGGGACGCAUCUGCUGUGGACGAAGUUCACCGUGCUUUCCGUCAAAGUUUGGAGGAAUUUACGAAAGCUCAAGCCUAG